CACCCCACCCCUCGGUUGGCGGGGUUAGCCCGCCCUCCCAGGCGCGGAUUGGCCUGUGGCGGCACCCGUCGGUUGCGGUUGUAUCUGGGAAGGAGAGAAAAUGGCGGCGGAGCCGAGCAAGACCGAAAUCCAGACUCUUUUUAAGAGACUUCGCGCAAUUCCCACUAACAAGGCCUGUUUCGACUGCGGCGCCAAGAGUCCAAGCUGGGCCAGCAUCACGUAUGGUGUUUUUCUGUGCAUCGACUGCUCCGGGGUGCACCGUUCCCUUGGGGUCCAUCUUAGCUUUAUUAGGUCCACAGAGCUGGAUUCCAACUGGAGCUGGUUCCAGCUGAGGUGCAUGCAGGUCGGCGGGAAUGCCAAUGCGACAGCCUUUUUCCGUCAACAUGGAUGCACAGCCAGUGAUGCCAACACCAAGUAUAACAGCAGAGCUGCCCAGAUGUACCGAGAGAAGAUCCGGCAGCUGGGGAGCGCGGCCCUGGCUAGGCACGGCACUGAUCUUUGGAUAGACAACAUGAGCAGUGCUCCUGGUCACUCCCCUGAAAAGAAAGACUCUGAUUUCUUCAGUGAACACACUCAGCCCCUUGCCUGGGACACACCCACCACCGAGCCUUCAGAGACCCAGCAGCCAGCCCCGCCUGCAGAGAGCAGUAGCCUGGCACAGCCAGAACAGGGCCCCAACACCGAUCUGCUUGGUUCCUCGCACAAGGCCUCCCUGGUGUCCAUGUGUCUGUCAGCUGCAGGGGCCCCUUCUGCCCGAGAUCUGAAAAGCUCCAUCAUCGGCAAGAAGAAGCCGGCAGCAGCCAAGAAGGGGCUGGGGGCCAAGAAAGGCCUGGGGGCCCAGAAGGUGAGCAACCAGAGCUUCAGUGAGAUCGAGCGGCAAGCCCAGGUGGCAGAGAAGCUCCGUGAGCAGCAGGUGGCAGACGCCAAGAAGCAGGCGGAGGAGUCCAUGGUCGCUUCCAUGCGCCUGGCCUAUCAGGAGCUCCAGAUUGACCGGAAGAAGGAGGAGAAGAAGCUGCAGAACCUAGAAGGGAAGAAGCGGGAGCAGGCAGAGAGGCUAGGCAUGGGCCUGGUGUCCCGCAGCUCCGUCUCCCACUCGGUGCUGUCUGAGAUGCAAGUGAUUGAGCAGGAGACCCCCGUGACUGCAAAAUCCUCCCGCUCGCAGCUGGACUUGUUUGACGAUGUUGGAACCUUCGCCUCUGGACCUCCGAAGUACAAGGACAACCCAUUUUCCUUGGAAUCCUUUGGUUCUCGCUGGGACACAGAUACCACCUGGGGAAUGGAUAGGGUGGAGGAGAAGGAGCCAGAAGUGACCAUCUCAAGCAUCCGGCCUAUUUCAGAAAGAGCCACAAACCGGAGGGAGGCAGAGAGCCGGGGCUCAGGUGUGGAGCCCAGCGAAGCACAGCAGAAGUUCGCAGGCGCCAAGGCCAUCUCAUCAGACAUGUUCUUCGGGCGGGAGGUGGACACUGAGUAUGAGGCCAGGUCCCGGCUGCAGCAGCUCUCGGGCAGCAGUGCCAUCAGCUCUGCAGACCUCUUUGGGGACACGGACGGAGCUCACGGAGCAGGAAGCGUGUCUCUGGGGCAUGUGCUCCCCACUGCCGACAUCGCACAGUUUAAGCAGGGUGUCAAGUCUGUGGCUGGCAAGAUGGCUGUGCUGGCCAACGGGGUGAUGAACUCACUGCAGGAUCGCUACGGGUCUUACUGACCCCAGCCCUGAGGCUUAAGCCUGUAGUGGUGUCAGCAGCAGGCGCCCCAUCAUUCCCCAGCCAGUGACACCUGGGGAGGACUGACUACUUCUCUGUGCUUUGCGAGUGGAGGGCCUCGGGGACUGAGGGCAGUGCCCUGCCAGUGCUAGCCCUCACCUCUGCCUGUGGAUCACACCCUUUCUCGCCCCUUUGAGCCCUGCCUGAAGCUGCUGCUCACCUGGUUGCCCUGGGAGGAGGGCAGGCGCCCCGGCUCUUCCGGUCAGCACAUCCCCUAGGGAAACUGAUCCUGCGAGGCUUCUGCCAGCUCUCUCGGGUCAGGUACCCCCUUGGGAGGCCCUGGACUUUCCCUGCUGUCACUAGUGGCCUCUUCUGGGUGCCAGGGAGGACAGAAGGGGAAGGACCUUGGGCCUAAGGGCUAGAGACUAUCUGGCACUUUUGAGUUUCCUUUGGGACAGCCUGCAGGCCUGAGUGAUCCUCUCCUGUCCCCCCAUUGCCAUCAUGGAGGCUGCCUGCCACUGUCUCAACCCCAGGUCACUGUGGCCACACCCGAGACGCCACUCUCCCUGGUCAGCACACCCACCAUGGUGUUGCCCACUCUGUCCCGUGAGUGGAAGCUGUGUGUGCUGUGGCCAGGGAAAUGGAUGAUGGGGCAGCGCUGGCCCCAGCUCGGCCGCCUCUGUGUUCUCCUGGGCAGGGGGCUCGGCCAGUGCCCCAGCAGUGAGCUCUUGAGCCCACUGCAGGCCUCCUUCGGCAUCUGGGCCAUGCACUGUGUCAUCUUGGUGCCAUUUUCUCUGCCAUGCAGCAGUUGGGCCCAGCCCCUACCCAUGGGUGACAGGCUGGGCCCUAGCAACGCAGACCACUCGGCCCUCCUCCCCAGAGGGACAGCUGCUUUCAGGACUGUUGUAUUGAAACAAAGCGGUGUCAAUAAAGCCCCCACGGGGCCUGUGUCGGCAA